UUGCGGUUUGUUGUUUUCCGAAAACAACUUUUUUCGUGAUUCGGCGGAAGCGUUCGUAAAUUUUCGCAAGAAAAUACGAAUACUAAGUGCUUGUGGCGUAAUAAUUCAACAUAAGUUUUCAAACCAUCAUAAUGGCUAUUUCGGCCACUGCUUUGCGCAAUCAACUUGCCUCGCUAACAAAUUCUUCCGGCAUCCAUAAGGAACAAGCCGACAAAUACCGGGCCUUGUUGGAUCAGAUUUUGUUGAAUACUGGAAAUGAAUUAGUCGAGACAUUGAAACUUUUUAUUGAAGCAAUUGUCAAUGAACAUGUUAGCCUGGUCAUCUCCCGGCAGAUUUUAUCGGAUGUCAGCACUCACCUGACCAAGCUUCCGGACGACAUUUCGAAAACGGUUUCCCAUUUCACGUUGGAUAAGGUCCAACCAAGGGUGAUUUCGUUCGAAGAACAGGUUGCCAGCAUCAGACAACACUUGGCGCAGAUCUAUGAACGGAACCAGAAUUGGAAAGAGGCUGCAAAUGUCCUUGGCGGGAUUCCGUUGGAAACAGGCCAGAAGCCGUAUACUCUUGACUACAAAUUAGAAACCUAUCUUAAGAUCGCGCGACUCUUUCUGGAAGAUGAAGAUCCUGUUCAGGCGGAGGCCUUCAUCAAUCGAGCUUCGAUUCUGCAGGCAGACACGAAGGAUGAGAAGUUGCAAAUUCUAUACAAGGUUUGCUACGCCCGUGUUCUUGACUAUCGUCGCAAAUUCAUCGAGGCCGCCCAGCGAUACAACGAGCUCUCUUAUCGCACCAUCGUGGACGAAGGCGAACGGAUGACCGCCCUUAAAAAGGCUCUUAUAUGCACUGUUCUGGCCUCAGCAGGGCAGCAGCGCUCUCGUAUGCUGGCAACCCUGUUCAAGGAUGAACGAUGCCAGCAUUUGCCGGCUUAUUCGAUUCUCGAGAAAAUGUACCUCGAUAGAAUUAUUCGACGUUCUGAGCUGCAGGAUUUCGAAGCGCUGCUGCAGGCUCACCAAAAGGCAACUACCAUAGAUGGGUCAACCAUUCUGGACCGGGCGGUCUUCGAACAUAACUUGCUGUCUGCAAGCAAGUUAUACAACAAUAUUACCUUCGAUGAGUUAGGGUCGCUGCUGGAAAUUCCACCCCACAAGGCUGAAAGAAUAGCUAGUCAAAUGAUUACCGAAGGACGAAUGAAUGGCUACAUCGACCAAAUCGACGGGGUUGUACAUUUUGAAACUCGUGAAAUUUUACCGCAAUGGGAUAAGCAAAUUCAAAGCCUUUGCUAUCAGGUCAAUGGCUUGAUCGAAAAAAUUGGAGCAGCCGAACCCGAAUGGAUGAAUAAGAUUAUGGAUGAAGAGAUGUGCACAUAGAUUGCUAUUUUCAGCAGGGCCGUAGAGUUUAAUAAUGGUUCUCAAGAGCUUAUAUAAACUUUGAAAUGAUUAAACUGUCUUACUUAAUCAAAA